ACCCCAGUUCGACAUCACCUGAUCUAACCAGAGCCACUGUAUCAUCAUCCUUUGAAGCAGUACAAGAAUUAACAAGAAUAAAUACGAAGUCUGUAUGAGACUUGGUUGCCAUGUAUGCAUCGAAGAAGGUUGUAGUUAAACAAGAAAACGAGGAACCGACAAGUUCUUUCGUUUUGCCAACCUUCUCUGUACCCUGGUCUCUGCCUGUUGAUACAAAUGAAGAAAUUCACGGCCCAGAACAGGUUCAUAUCGCCUAUGGAGACUCGCCCGAUGAGAUGAUUGUCGUAUGGUCCACCGGCAAUGUUACAGCGAAGUCGUUUGUGACAUUUGGACUGAAUUCUGGCAAGUUGGAUAGGAUAGCGAGUGCCUCUGACGCUAUCCUUACUGAGGGAAACCCAAAUGGAUUAAAUCAGAUUCAUAAAGCAAUCAUGACGGGCUUGAAGCCUGGAACAAGAUAUUACUAUGAAGCACACAGUGGUAACCUGUCUAGUCCUCAGUACGAAUUUGUUGCCAUGAAAGUUAACACGGGAUUUUCUCCAAAGCUUCUUGUAUUCGGUGACAUGGGACGUCACGGCGGUGCACCGAGUUUGGAUGCAUUGAUCAAGGAGACGCAAACAGGACAAUACACAGCGGUUCUUCACGUCGGAGAUUUUGCCUACGAUCUCGCGACGGAUGGUGGAGAGAAUGGUGAUGGGUUCAUGCGAAGAAUUGUUCCAAUUGCUUCAACGUUACCCUACAUGACGUGUCCUGGAAAUCAUGAGAUUGCAUUCAACUUUAGUCACUACCGUUAUCGUUUUUCAAUGCCACAAAUCUCUUGGCCAACGCCGUUAGAACGAAUGUGGUACAGUUUCAAUUUAGGGGAAGCGCAUUUUAUAAGUUAUUCAACUGAAGUCUAUUUUACGUACAAUCAGUCGUAUGUAGACGCGCAAAUACAAUGGCUUAUAAAAGACCUCACAGAUGCAAAUAAGAUGGAGAACAGGAAAGCACAACCUUGGAUUAUUGCGUUUGGACACAGGCCAAUGUAUUGCUCGAAUAUCGAUAGUGAUGACUGCACAAAACAGCGGCCCAUUCUGCGAGCAGGCCUUGAACCAAUUUUCAUGAAAUACGGCGUAGAUGUGAUUAUAGAAGCUCACGAGCAUUCCUAUGAAAGAUUAUGGCCAGUUUACCAAGGCAAGGUUUACGGAGAAAGCUACAAUAAUCCAAGAGCACCUGUACAUAUUGUGUCAGGAGCGGCCGGAUGCAACGAAGCCUAUGGUGUGUGUGUUAAUCCUAUGCUAGGACCAAGAGGUCGCUGGUCGGCGUACAGAUCAUGGUUACCAGGAGAAUACGGGUAUGGUAGGCUACAAAUCGCUAACGCCACGCAUCUCUCAUGGACACAAGUGUUUAGCACGACUGGGGAUAUUGAGGAUCAAGUAUGGAUUGUACAGGAAAAUCAUGGACCAUUUAAACCACACGUUGCAUACACUGAUGAAGUGCUUGAAGCAUAGGUUUGGUGGAUAGGAGCAGCACUGCAGGACAGGACGAAUCUCAAAUCAGGGAUGGUCUAUAUAAGAACUGCGACUCAAGUCUUUUAAUAAUAUGAGUGUGUUCCCGAAUUUGAAAUCCCUCAUUUUUUACAAAUCAUGAUUGGCGUGGUUAUAUAAUCCAGAAGUGAAAUGAUAAAUUGAAAGAAUCCAUUUGGUUUCUUGUUAGUACACGUUACCUCGAUCAUAUAAAAUUCCAUCAAUUCAGAACCCACGGCAUGUGUGUCAGUUUGUUAGCUAAAGGAGCUUCGGACAAUAACCCCGCGGGGAUUAAGGCUGAAAGUUGAGAGUGUCAAAAAUGAUAUCUUCGUUUGAACAAAACACAAUGACAUUAUCUUGUUGCAAAUUGCAUAAACAAUGGCAAAUUACUUUUAAAAUCAUCGUAUUUAUAAUCAAAUGUACUCAUUUAACUUGAGUUUAGAUAUAGAAAU